AUGGCCUUCUUGACUGGUUUGGUCCAGGAACCUAAGAGCGAAGCUGCGCGCGGCGCCAUGGUGGCUAUUGCGACAGUAGAGUCGAGGCAUGAGACAUGGUCGUUGCUGGAUAUCUGGGGGGCUAACCCAUUCUCUGGACCGAGCGAUACCGUGUUCCCCUACGCCAACGAGAUUCUCGAUCUUACAAAGGCCUUUAUUAUGCCGGGAAGUUGUCCGUCAGCAAAUCCGGAGUAUCCCAGCCCGAGUCAGCACCUGCCGGCUAUGUCGGCCGCGACUAGGACGAAGUCUAUUGCUCCAGGGUCCGAAGUUUCGUUCAACUUCACCAACGCGGCUGAUCAGCCCAAAUUUGUCGAUGGAAAGAGCUAUUACGCGGUUUUCUUCCACGGCGUAGGGAACACCAGUGUAUCGGUUGAUGUAUCCGAAUGGGCAGCUGGCGAUUUCGUUAACGUGACAAUUCCAGCCGAAUUCGAAACCAAGGGAAUCAUUAUUGCGGUGCUGGCAGAUUGUCCGGGGGCUCCUGAGUUGGAUACGGUCGUGGCUGGACCUAGUAUCUUACUGCAGCAACCGGCUCCUAUCGGUUUGCUUCUGGCAUGA